UGACAAAUGCAUCCUCCCGUUCGACUGUCUUCCAGGCAGAAUGUACAAGUCGUGAUGCAUCUGUGCGUCGACUGCGUCCACUACUACCUGGUAAGCAUCGACUAACUUAACCGGUAGGUACCCAGGCGAAUACGAUAUAAAGUCAGCUCUUCGCUACCUUUGUAACUAACAUCGCCCUGAUCUCUACACUUGUGCAUUUGAGAGUUCGGUUCAUACCACCAAUACAGCGUUUAGAUCUCCUUCGAUAGAUCACCCCUCCAAGUUCACCAUCUGACCAGCCCUCUCCUAUCAUCUCUCAUUCUCCUACUAACAGCCAACCAUGUCUCAACAACCAAUCGAAGUCGUCUUCGGCGCUGCGUCGGUAGGGAAUUACGGGCCCUGGGUCGACGAGGACUAUGUGAAAAAGGCGUUUUCUACCCUCGAAGCCCACGGAGUGAAGAAGCUCGACACAGCCCAACUGUACGGCAACUCAGAGCAGCGAUUAGGCGAACUCAAAGCUGGCGAGCGUUUCGUCAUUGACACCAAAUGGGUAGGUGGCUUCACGGGCCACGGAUGGGCGACCAAAGACAAUAUCGUCAACUCGGCCAAGGAAAGUAUCCAAAAGCUCGGGGUCAAGCAGGUCGAUAUCUUCUAUCUCCAUUCGCCAGACCCCGGCACGCCGCUGGAAGACACCCUCGAGGGCGUCAACGAGGUGUACAAGACGGGCGUUUUCAAGCGAUUCGGUCUAUCCAACUUCUCGCCCGAGGAUGUUCAAAAGGCGUACGAUAUCGCGAAGGCCAAAGGUUGGGUUCUACCCACAGUCUACCAGGGCAACUAUAAUCCGGUCGCACGCAAGGUCGAGACGCUACUGUUCCCGACCCUACGCAAGCUCGGCAUUGCCUUCUACGCCUACAGCCCGCUCGCGGGUGGGUUCCUGACGAAGACCGCCCAGCAGGUCCGUGAUGGCGCCGGUCGCUUUAGCGAGAAUGCUCUCGGGGGUAUGUACCGUCAGAUGUAUGCGCGGCCAUCCCUCCUCGAUUCUCUCGAUAAGUGGGCCAAGAUCGCGGAAGAGGAGGGCGCCUCUCGUGCCGAAUUGGCCUAUCGCUGGGUCACGUACAAUUCGCCCCUUAAGCCUGAGCACGGCGACGCUAUCAUUGUUGGUGCCAGUUCUGUUGAGCAACUUGACCAGACUCUCAAGGGGAUCGAAACCGGAUCUCUCAGUGCCAAAGCUGCGAAAGCUAUCGACGAAAUCUGGGAACAGAUCAAGCACGAGGCUCCAUUGGAUAACGUAUCUCGAUAGAGACGCAGAAGGGCUGAAGUUCAUUGGCAGGCGGAGGAGUCAGAUGGGCUUUCCGAGAGCUUUCACGUCCAUUGUUGGCCUGGGUUGGGCAGAUGACGUCCUUCGGUUUUACAUGGAGGAAGAAUGCAUGGAAUGCCAAGGACAUGACACUUGCAUCCUUCCUCGCGGCGGGAUGGUACUGUACCUACCCAUGAAAAUAAUCAAUGGCAACCCGGGAGUGGGCUAUCAAAAUGAAGCGUGUUCGUCAGUAUGGUUGUUAUCCUCGUCGAGUAGGUCAGCUAGUCUUCACCAACAAUCAACGGUAGUAAUACACGCUGAGGGCACUUUCUAAUCCAA